AUGAACGUCAGUUUUGAAACAACAAACAGAAUCGUUACAAGGCGUCAUAUUGCGAUGAUAGAAUCAAACAAUUUUCACAACUACCCAAGGAACGACCGAUUGAGCACCGUCGAAAUCCACGACCGACCAAAUGCGCUCACUAAGGAUGAAAUGUCUUGGCUUGAAGACAGUGCAAUUUUGGAUGAUUUUCGACCCCGAGAGAAUCUCACAAUCAACCUCCACUCAGGUUGUAACACAUGA